AUGCCGACCUUCCUGGGCCUGGCCGUCUCGAUCCACGCAGACUCGAACCCACUGCCCGAGUACUCGAUCCAGAAGCAGUCCAAGCACCACCGCAUCACCUCGUACAUCCCCGUCCCGCCUGCAAAGAUACCCCCGGGCGCUACCAAGCCCGAACAGUCGUCGUUUGCCAUUUCCAUAACCCUGCUCACCCCAGGCCUCCACGUCCCGUACUCGACCCCCAAGCCCACGCCCGAUGAGCCCAACCCCAAGCCCAAGGUCGUCGGCGGCCUGCCCGGCCAGCCAGGCGAGCGGGGCAAGCACACGUCGGCCAUUGCCCCGUACAAGCCCCUCACCACCUCGCCCAACGAGACAAUCGCCGCCUACAUUUACUUUGACGGCCGCGCCAAGGAGGAGGUAGCGACGCUGCUGCGCCGCGGCGAGGAGACGUGGGUCAACUCGCGCUGGGUGAGCGUCCCCGAGUCGGAAGGUGGGGGGCUCGCCGAGCGCGAGUUUCUGUUCCGCGAGGUUGGCCUCGAGCGCUGGCUCAAUGGCCUGGAUCUCGAGGGCAAGGACAAGGACGUGGCGGCCAAGAUUGAGCGGAGAAAGCAGCGCCUCGAGAAGAAGCGGGCGAAGCGGAGAGAGGCCAUGAACAGCAGCGAUGACGAGGACAAGAAGCCGUCGCGCAACGGCGUGCUGCGCUAUAGCGAGAGCCAGGACGCGCCCGUCGAGACGCUUUCUGGAAACGACGACUUUUUCACCACCGACUCGGAUUCCGAGGACGAGCCCCCGAUACCCGAGGCCGCCGGCCAGAUCAAGGUGGCCCUGUUCCGCGUCCUGGCCUCGGGCGAGAUCAAGCGCGGCGAGUACUCGCCCCAGUUUGACGCACACGACGACGACGAGGCAAACGGCGGCGAGGGCGACGACAUCGACCACACGACAAGCUUUGCAAAACCAAAGACGCUCGACCCCAAGUCCAUCAGCACCCAGACGGUCACUGGCAUAGAUCCCCCGGAUAAGCCCUAUGCCGUCUUUACCUUCCUGUACCGUGGAGAACGCCAAUUGCGCAAGAUGGGAAUCCUCACCAGCAAGGAGCCGGCCAAGGUCACCUCGCCCGCCGCCAAGCGAAAAUCGGGCACACUGGACUUGAGCAGCCUCAAGCCCCUGAAUGCCGGUAUGGGAACAAAAAACUUUGGCGGCUACCGGGAAACAUCGCCCAAGUCCAAGCAAAAGAACCAUGACGCCAUGGACAGCGAUGCGGAUGAAGAGGAUGAUGUAAAAAUCGACGACGUCGAUGACGACAAGGAUAUUCUGGACAAGGCUCUGUUAUCUCCAGAGGAUGCUCUGAAGCAGGGCGAGCUUGCAGAGGGCCUCAAACGCCAACAUUCAGCCGAGCCCGUAGGCCGCCCCGUCGGUCCUUCAGUGUCGGAUGCCUCUGGAUCUCCCCUAUCUGGCACACCAGCGCCCGACGCUUGCUCGACAAACGACGGUCCGUCGUCGGCCCCCGCAAACCCGUCGACGGAACCUAGCUCUUCAAGUUCGGUUGCCUCGCCCUUUAAGAAGCAACGCGCCUCCCUGCCCGGAUUCGACGAGACGGUCCGCAAGAGUCUGGGCCAAGCGCUCAUGGGCGCCUCAAAGGAACGGGGCAACUCGGAGAGCAAUAUUCCCACGAUCGAGACCAAGAUGGAAGAAGACGAAGAGUUGUAA